AUGGCGUGGAGCCCGUCUCGGCUGAGACCUGUGUGGUCGCCCGGUGGCCCUUGGCCCAAGCCCGGCAGACGACUGGAGUCGGAUUCGGAGGAGAGUGACGACGACGAGGAGUCCACCGAGGACGACAGCAGCACCGAGGCUGGCGAGGAAGAAGACUCUGGAUCUGAGUCUGGGGAGGAAGUGAGCUUUGAGGAGGAAGUGAGCUCUGGGGAGGAAGUGGGCUUUGGGGAGGAAGUGAGCUCUGGGGACGAAGUGAGCUCUGGCGAGGAGAGCGAGGACGAGGACGGGGAUGAGGAUGAGGCCGAGGCCGAAGGCCGGGCCCACAACAUUUGA